AUGAUAGAGAGCGAUAUCCCGUCCAUAAUGUCAGGAAUCCUUAGGAAUUCAGGGCAAACCCACCACCCUCCACAGGAGUACAGGCUCCUGGCUCCCGAGCCCUCCCAGCUGAGUGAGGAUGAUCUCCCCAGCGACUUGCAGUCCUUGUCGUGGCUGACAUCUGUUGAUGUCCCUCGCUUACAGCAGAUGGCCAGUGGGAGGAUGGAUUUUAGCCUUGGUGCCCAGAACGCGAUGCUGCAACAGACAGGUCCUGUGGCAAACAACCUGCACUCGACAGGAGCACCUGGAGCAAUGAUCCACGUCCAGGCCAGCCUUCCACAGGGAAUCCUGGGACUCAGCUCUAUGUCAACACAUGGCACGAACAUGAACCAGUAUGCUGUAGGUGGGCAGCCGUCUCCUGGUUUACAAACACAGCAACAGCUCUUCCCUCCUCCUCCUCCUCAUUCACAGCAAGUGUUUGCCCUAGCACAGAGCACACAACAGUGUAACCCAGCAGCAAUCUACAACACAUCCUAUGGGACUCAGCCCCACUACUCUCAGCCACGCCUGGCUCCUCACUCUGCCCAAGAGCUGCACCCAAAGCAUUACCCCAAGCCCAUCUAUUCAUACAGCUGUUUGAUCGCCAUGGCACUGAAGAACAGCAAAACAGGCAGCCUGCCAGUGAGCGAGAUCUACAGCUUCAUGAAGGAGCACUUCCCCUACUUCAAGACAGCCCCCGAUGGCUGGAAGAACUCCGUGCGCCACAACCUGUCCCUCAACAAGUGCUUUGAGAAGGUGGAGAACAAACUGAGCGGCACCUCCCGCAAGGGGUGCCUGUGGGCUCUCAACCCAGCCAAGAUCGACAAGAUGGAGGAGGAGAUGCAGAAGUGGAAGCGGAAGGACCUGGCUGCUAUUCACAGGAGCAUGGCUAACCCAGAGGAGCUGGACAAGCUCAUCACCGACAGACCCGAGAGCUGCCGGCGGCCCAGCAAGCAGCCCGAGCCCGAGGUCUCUGCCCUGAGCCGCAUGGCCCUGGCGCAGCUGCAGCCGCAGCCGCUGAUGACGCUCUCGCUGCAGUCCAUGCCCCUGCACCACCAGCUCCAGCCCCAGCCCCGCAUCGCUCCGGACUCACCAGCACCCGCACAGACCCCUCCUCUGCACACCCUGCCUGAUGGGAGCCACAGUCCCCUCCCACACCACCCCAUGGGACGCGCACCGCCGGACUUCCUGAACGUGACAGCCGACAUGAACACGGAGGUGGAUGCUCUUGACCCAAGCAUCAUGGAUUUUGCAUUGCAAGGUAACAUAUGGGAGGAGAUGAAAGACGACAGCUUCAGCCUCGACACCCUGGCUGCCUUCAGCACCUCCCCGCUGCACCUCUCAGACUGUGACCUGGGCCCCCCCGGCCUCACUCCUGCCUCCAGCGGCAGCGAUCGCUCCUUCUCAGACGUGCAGGUCACCGGCCUUUACACCACCUACACCGCGCUGGACAACGUGGCAGCAGCAGCUCAGUACAUGAACCCCCAGGGCAACAAACCCAUCGCUCUGCUCUGA